AUGGGCAACUGCUGCGGCACGCCGGCGACGCAGGAAGGCAGCAACCGCCGGAAGAAGCCGAAGGCGAACCCCUACAACGUCGCGUACAACCGCGGGGCGGCGCCGCCGCCGGCGCGUCCGGGGCUGGUGGUGCUGCGAGACCCGACGGGGCGGGACCUCGGCGCGCAGUACGAGCUCGGCGGCGAGCUGGGCCGGGGCGAGUUCGGGAUCACGUACCUGUGCACGGAGGUGGCCACGGGGGCGCGGUACGCGUGCAAGUCCAUAUCCAAGCGGAAGCUGCGGACGCCCGUGGACGUGGAGGACGUGCGCCGGGAGGUGGACAUCAUGCGCCACAUGCCGGCACACCCGAACAUCGUCAGCCUCCGCGCCGCCUACGAGGACGAGGACGCCGUGCACCUUGUCAUGGAGCUCUGCGAGGGAGGGGAGCUCUUCGACAGGAUCGUCGCCCGGGGGCACUACACCGAGCGGGCCGCCGCCGCCGUCACGCGCACCAUCGUGGAGGUCGUCCAGAUGUGCCACAGGCAUGGCGUCAUGCACCGAGACCUUAAACCAGAGAACUUCUUAUUUGCAAACAAGAAGGAGAGUUCCCCUCUGAAAGCAAUUGAUUUUGGGCUGUCCGUGUUCUUCAGGCCUGGUGAACGAUUUACUGAAAUCGUGGGCAGUCCUUACUACAUGGCUCCAGAGGUUUUAAAGCGAAACUAUGGCCCUGAAGUUGAUGUCUGGAGUGCUGGAGUGAUACUUUACAUACUUCUUUGUGGUGUGCCUCCAUUUUGGGCAGAAACUGAACAGGGAGUAGCACAAGCCAUUAUACGAUCUGUGGUAGAUUUCAAAAGAGAGCCAUGGCCCAGAGUAUCUGAACCUGCUAAAGAUCUUGUCAGGAGGAUGCUGGACCCAAAUCCAAAGACUCGGUUUACUGCAGCACAAGUACUUGAACAUCCAUGGUUACAUGACUCUAAAAAGAUGCCAGACAUUCCUCUUGGUGAUGCUGUCCGAGCGAGGCUGCAGCAAUUUGCUGCAAUGAACAAGUUAAAGAAGAAAGCACUAAGGGUAAUUGCUGAGCAUCUGUCCGCGGAGGAAGCAGCUGACAUAAAGCAAAUGUUUGAUAAAAUGGAUGUGAACAAGAAUGGCAAGCUAACAUUCGAUGAAUUCAAGGCUGGGCUUCGUAAACUUGGAAACCAAAUGCCUGAUUCAGACCUUCGGAUACUAAUGGAUGCUGCUGAUGUUGAUAAAAAUGGGACCCUGGACUACGCAGAAUUUGUCACUGUGUCUGUUCAUGUGAGGAAAAUGGGAAAUGAUGAACACAUUCAAAAGGCCUUCACAUACUUCGACCGGAAUAAGAGUGGGUACAUAGAAAUUGAAGAGCUUAGAGAGGCACUAGCUGACGAACUGGAGGGAGCUGAUGAAGACAUUAUCAAUGGCAUCAUCCGAGAUGUGGACACAGAUAAGGACGGGAAAAUAAGCUACGACGAGUUCGCGGCGAUGAUGAAGGCCGGCACUGACUGGAGGAAGGCGUCCCGGCAGUACUCGCGGCAGCGGUUCAGCAACCUCAGCCUGAAGCUCCAGAAGGACGGGUCCAUCGGGGCCGAGACACGGUAGGGCACUGAGCAGAGGACGGCGAGAAACACCGGCUGGUGUCUUGAGGCUGUGUGUGUGGGGGGGUAGUGCUGGAUGUUUGUUCGUCCGUUCGUUGGUUGUUUACUGUGACGGGUUUGGUCGUCAGGGUUAUUUCUCAUUUUUCAUGUUUCUCUUACACCACGGUAAAGAAAAAAGAUCUUCACUUGAGCUGUGAUUCUUGGGUUUGUAAAGAUGGUGUUCGGGCCCCGUACGUUUUGUAGAUGAAGCAGCAUGAACUAAAAAAUUUGCUCGCGUGA